AUGGAGUCGUUGACGGAAGAAGGCAACUUCUUCACCUACGGGCCGGAAUAUCUUGAGGUAAGUGAGAUAUAACGUUGUUUUUGGGGAAUUGAAUGGUACUUUGGGACUUUUAGGUAGUUUUUUUUGUUGUAUAGGUAUUAUUUUGCUUUAUUUUAUAUUUUUUGCAUUCUUUUUACAAUAUUUCGAUUGAUAAUCAACAUUAUUAAAGUUAUAUUAACAUAGAUAUAAUACGCAAUGUUGCUUGUUAUAAUGUUGACCUAAUGCUGAACUUUUAGUCUCUGCUGUUCCCGGAUUCUCCUUUUAGUCGCUCUGGUCGAUUUUUUAACCAAUUUUCGGACAACAAGAAGCCUGAAUCUUCGCUUUGCACCAACUGCAGCUUCGGCCUUUCGGCCACUCAUUACUGCACCGACUGCCCGGAGUACCUGUGCAGAAGCUGUUUGGACGCUCACGAGACAAUCCGUGUUUUCAAGGACCACGUUAUUAAAAAAUUGGACAUUCAGGUAUGUUUUUAUUUGUUUUGUUGGCUUUUAGGUAUGAAGAUGAUUGGUUUGAUCUGGCAGUGAAAGUUUGCUUUUGAAAAACAGAUAUUAUUUUAAAAGUUAUCUAAAAAGCCCGUUUAUGUAGUUUAAAGGAGGUUUUGUUUAACUUCAAAGCUUUAAAUGCAGUUUUUUCAAACGAUUAGUCGUUUUUUGGUAUAACUUGGGUAAUAUCUCUAUUUCAGCGGCGUUCAUCGGUUGCUGAGUCCGACUUGGCUCGUACUGCUUGGCAAAACAGUUCAAUCGGAUCUCCAGACGUGUUUAGAAGUUCUCAAUGUCCCAAAAGGCAACGCAACAACUCGAUAUUGUCUCCUAUAUUGGAUACCAAGCAGGUAAUGAGGUUUUUUGUCUUAUUUAGGUAAAAACGGUAAGGAAAUUUUGUUUUAGUGACUAAAACUUUUUCAAAAAGGUUGUUAGGAUCUUUUUUAUCUUUCUUUCUUCUCUGAAAGAUCUGUAUUUUAAUUUAUAAUGGUUUUUAUCAUGUUGUUUUAGGCUCCCCCUCGGCUCCAAACGCACUCAUUCUACAGCAACUGCUCGGCCCCAAAUUUUGCGACCAGCACUCCAAACUUAUUGAAGACGUCGCCUCAGCUGUUUGACAGAAGUCGGCGAUACGGUCCGAGAACUCAGAAUCACAACAACAACAAUGUUCCGAACAACUGUUUCCGUCUCGACAUGAGCCACUCGAGCACCAAGAACGCCAGUUUUCUCAACGACAUCCCGUUUACCGAGCUCAGUAUCAAAGACUACAAGAAGUUCCAGGGAGAACGAUAUUCGUUUGGGGGAGAAGGCAACGGAGACGGUCAACUCAAUCGACCAUGGGGAAUAUGUUGUGAUCAAAAGGGGCGGAUUGUUGUUAGUGAUCGGUCUAACAACAGAAUUCAGGUGAGCUUUUGAUAUGAUUCUUUUUAACGUUUAUUACUUAAAUUUUUUGGUUUGUUGUUGUUGAAGGCUUUAAUUUGGGAAUCGUGUAAUAAUGCGUCUUUUUUCAGAUUUUUGCUGAAAACGGCACUUUCAUUGCCAAGUUCGGCAAAUUUGGUCAAGGCCCUGGAGAGUUUAACCGCCCAGCUGGAGUCACAACUAAUUUGAAGGUCAGUUUUGUUAAUUUUAUUGUUUUUUAGAUUAUUUUAGAUCAGUUUGUCGAAUUUUUAAAAAACUAUUACCUAAAUUUACAGUUUUUUCGAAAAAAUUUGUUUUUUUUUUGGCGAAAUAUUACCUAAAAAUUGAAUUAUCUUUACAAAUUAUCAAAUCAAUUUCAAAAUACAUUUUUAGAAUCAAAUCAUCGUCGCCGAUAAAGACAAUCAUCGGAUUCAAGUGUUUGACGAGAACGGGCGAUACUUAUUCAAGUUUGGCCAAAGCGGUCGACAUCCAGGAAGCUUCAACUAUCCUUGGGGAUUGGCUACAAAUAGUAGAAACGACAUAGCGGUUACCGAUUCACGGAACAAUCGGAUUCAAAUCUUCAACAACCGUGGAGAGUUGAUCAAGAUUUGUGGUCGAAACGCGUUUCCAAGUGCCGAGAAGCAAGUGUUUGGGCCUCGAGGGAUUGUGUUUGUGGAUGAUGAUAACAUUCUUGUCAGGUGAGGAUACGCGAGUUGACGAUUAUAGUUUUUUAGCAGGUUGAAAGGGUUUAUUAUGAGCGGUACUCUACAUUUUAUAAGCUAUAAAGCAAAUUGGUGUAUUUGAGCAGAUUUUUAUUUUUUAACUCUGAUAAAUAUAGUUAAAAUGACAUUGAAUAAAUUUUUUUAUUUUUCAGUGACUUCAAUGGACACAGAAUCGUCCAAAUCGACAUUACCCGACCAGCUGAAUCUGUGGAAUUUUAUGGUACCGAAGGGCAGGAGCCGGGAUGUUUUACUCGCCCUCAGGGUAUGGUUUUGGACAGACAGGGGCACUUGUUGGUAUGUGAUUCCAGAGGAAACCGAAUUCAGGUAAGAACAGCAUCGGUUUAGAAAUGGAAUGUAAAUUUUGGGGUGUAUAUAGAUGGUAUUUUUUAUUUUAUUAUAAUAAAAGAUGUUAUUGUUUGAUAUGAGCAUGCAAAGUUGUGGUCCAGAUACAAUAUUGUCUACUCGUUAAUUUUGUUCAAGAUAUAUAUGAGUGGCCAUUUCAGAUCGUUUCAAUCCCUGAAAAACGUGUCAUUGGCGUCCACACCACAGAGCCCGACAUGGACCGACCGUGCGACAUUACCAUAUCCCCUCAGGGCAAAGUUUUCGUUGUCGACUUUGGACACAGCACCAUCAGAGUACUAUAA